CUGAGGAGCUGGUGGGGAAUCGGCAGGCGCAUGGCGACUUCUGCGGCUCCGGGCCCCGGUUCCGGCCUCCAGCUGCCCACCUUCGCGGCGGCCUGCGCUCUUGUGAAGCCGGGCUCGUGCCUGAGCGUGGGUCCGCACCGGCGGCACGUGGCUCUGUCGCCGCGCUUCCUGGACCGCAAGCGGAGCGGCCUCCGGCAGCAGCUGGACCAGGAGCUGCUGCGCUACUCGGAGAGCCUGCGGGGCGUCCCCGUAGCCUAUGACAACCUGCGGAUCGUGGGCGAGCUGGGCGACAUCUACGAUGACCAGGGCCACAUCCAUCUGAACAUCGAGGCCGACUUCGUCAUUUUCUGCCCCGAGAGGGGCCAGAAGCUCCUGGGCAAGGUCAACAAAGUGGCCCCCAGCCACCUGGGCUGCUUGGUGCACGGCUGCUUCAACGCUUCCAUCCCCAAGCCGGAGCACAUGGCCGCGGAGCAGUGGCAAGGCCUGCAUUUCAACGUGGGGGACGAGCUGGAAUUCGAGGUGUCCCGCCUGGACUCUGACGCCGCCGGAGUGUUCUGCAUCCGGGGCCUGCUGCUGCUCAGCAGUUUACCCCGCGCCGGCUCUGCACUUCCCAAAGGUUCUGGGGACGUGAGCAGCGAGGCUGAACCUGGAGCAGAAGGAGAAAAGCCAAAGAAGAGCAAGAAGGGGCUGAAGAAGUCCUGCUCGGCCUGGGGUGACCUGCCGGCCACUGUGCCUUCAGACGAGGCUGCGCCUUCAGACGAGGCUGCGCCUUUGGACGAGGCUGCGCCUUUGGACGAGGCUGGGGCAGUGGAGACUGGCACCCCUGCCCAGGAGGCUGAGAAGGGACUGUGUGAGGAGCAGGAGCCUCGGACGAAGAAGAAGAAGAAGAAGCACCAUCGAGAGAAGCAGGAGCCGCUGGAGCUUGACCCUCAGUGCCAAGCCAGCGACUCGAGCGGCUACCAGAGUGACCACCAGAAAAAGAAAAAGAAGAGGAAAAGGCCCAGUGACGAGCCUGAGGGUGCCGCGGCCCCGGAAGAAGAGCCGAGGCCAAAGAAGAAGAAGAAGAAGGAAAAGGAGUGAGGUCCCUGUGGGGCCUGGAGAAGAUCAGGGCAGACGUGCCCUCUGGCCUGGCGGGAGGAAGGAAAUGGCUCCAUGGGAAUGGCUUCAAGUCAAGGGUUACUUCUGCCCAGAGGAGUGGGGCCCAAGGGUCAUGUCCGGGCUCUCCCCAAGCCCAAGGGGCCUUCGAGGCGAGGAGAAUAAGAACUCUCUUUUGGAGGCUUCGGUGUCUGCCAAGGGAAGACCGCCUUCCCCUCCUUCCUUUGAACAACUUGGCAGGAGCCAGGGAAGGCACAAGCCUGUCUUCUCAGGAGCCCCGCAGUGGCGGGCCGGUCAAGGAGCUGGCAUCCCCCCUCAUAAUCUAGAGGGAAUUUAACGUCACUCAGGAUUGCCCUCAUCUCUGGGCACAUCAAUAGCUCCCAUUUCUUAAUACACCAGGCCGUGCAGCAAUCACAUGUGGCCCUCACAGUAAUCCUGAGAGGGAAGGGGGAAACUAAGCUCUGAGAAGCCAAGAGACUUGUAUAGGAUCAGCUAGUCUGAGCCAGGUUGGAUUUGAAUUCAGGGCUUCUUGUCUGAGGCUAGCUUUAAACUCAGGUCUUCCCAAUCCCAGGCCCAGCGCUCUUAACCACUGUGCCUCUGUGCUGCCCUAGCUAUGGUCCUCAAGUUAGGCUUUGCAUUAAGAAAACUUGACAGGCAGAUAGAAUGGGGUAAGACUAGAUUUCUAGAGUAUUCGUUUUUGUGAAAAGAUUGAUCAUAGGAUUAUUUUUCAUUGUCAUAUUUUUAAAACAGGUUUUCAUUUAAAGAAGUUUAAUUUGUGUGCAAUUUUUCUGAAGUAGGAGGGAAUUUCUUGUGAAAAUUAAGGUAUGUGUGUACAUUCUAAUAAAAAGCUAAGUGCUCUGCUUUGGGGUAUAUAUAAAAUGUAUAUAUAGGUUUACAAAUCUCAGUAUUACUAAAGUGCCUUUUAAAUGGUAUGUGAAAUAAAAAAGAUAUUAUUUUAUUUAA